GAGGCGGGCCAUUUGAAGUAGACGUGCUGCUCAGUUCGUUCCCGGCGGUCAGACUUGUCGGACGGUUGGCACAGGGUAGUGGGUGGUGGGCUGUGGUGAGAGAGAGAUAGAGAAAGAGAGGGAAGGACAGGCAGGCAGAUACGCGCAAGCUGGACAACACAGCACGAGUGAGCGAGAGUGUGUGAGGGGUAGAGUGAGACAGAGGGAAAGAGAGACGGUCAGAGUGAGGGAAAUUUCUUGAUAUUUUCUUUUUUUUUCCCUCAUUUUGUUGUACCUCUUAUCUCUUUCCUCUUUCUCCUCUUCCUCCUUCUCCUCCUCCUCCUCGUCCUCCUCGUCCUCUUUGUCAGCAGUACUCGGCUUCCUCGCCGCCUCACCAUGGGCACUGCUGAGCAAUCACGGUGCUCAUGGCGGGUUCUUCUGGCGUUCGUCCUCAUCACAUCAGUCUUGGUGGAGGUGUGCGCAGGAGCGAUUGAGACGACGCGUUUUCGCCGCCACCACCCUCGUCAUCACCGCCACCAUCGUCACCGCCACCACCACCAUCGCAAGAUCCCCAUCAGCAGUAAUGAGCUAGAGGGCGAGGUCGUCUGGGAGGAAUCGGUGACGCGGAACAAGAGGCAGUUUGGAGAAGAUUGGGAGAGCGGUCCUUGGGGAGAGUGGUCCGUGCCUUCCGCCUGCUCCAGAACGUGCGGUGGCGGAGUCAACUACAGGACCAGAGUGUGCGAAGGGCCAAGCAAUGCCCAUUGCACGGGUAAAAGCAAGAAAUAUGAGUCCUGCAAUGUUGAGGCAUGUCCUGAGGGGUCCAUGGACUUCCGCACAGAGCAGUGUCAGCGCUACAACAGUGUUCCUUUUGAUGGCAAAUACUACAGUUGGGUCUCAUACCUGGGUGAUCCCGAUAAGUGUGCACUCCACUGCCAGCCGAAACAAUCCAGCUGGGUACCUCACAUGAAGGCUCCCAAGAAAUGUGAACUAAAUUGUCAACCAGAAGGGGAGAGGUUUUACUACCGCCAAGCCCAAAAGGUGGAAGAUGGGACUCCUUGUGACAGUGAAGGUUUUGACGUGUGUGUGGAUGGCCAGUGCAUGCGUGUUGGGUGUGACCGGAUCUUGGGCUCAUCAGCCAAGGAGGACAAGUGUCGGGUGUGUGGCGGUGAUGGCAGCACUUGCAACACGGUCAAGGGGGACUUCAUGCAGAAGACACUCACUGUUGGCUAUAAUGACAUUGUACUCAUUCCUGCUGGUGCCACAAACAUAUAUGUGGAAGAGCUUGCAGCCACCAACAACUAUUUAGGCAUUAGAAACACAACUGGCUUCUUUUACCUUAAUGGCAACUGGAGAAUUGACUUCCCACGAGCGAGAGAGUUUGCCGGCACCACCUUCCACUACGAGAGGAAGGCUAAUGGUGGCGUUGGGAUCUUUGCCCCUGAAGUGAUUCGUGCCCUUGGACCCACCACGGAGCCCCUCUUCAUUGUGCUGUUGUACCAAGAGAAGAAUGAGGGUGUGGCUUAUGAGUACAGCGUGCCGAAGGGUGUGACACAGGCCAAAGCGGAGACGUAUGACUGGAUCUAUGGGACAUAUGGGGAAUGUUCAGAGGAAUGUGGUGGCGGUCUCCAGGUUCGAAAUGUGACAUGUGCUCAUAGCAGUAACUUGGAACCUGCCUCAGAAUAUCUUUGUGAUCCUCGCCUCCAGCCUGAAACCGAGAGGAUUUGCAAUGAGCAGCCCUGCCAAGCUGAGUGGCAGGUGGGAGACUGGACGCCCUGUACCAGCUCCUGUGGCACCAAGGGCUGGCAGUUCCGUCAUGUGUUCUGUGGUCAGAAAUUCACAGAAGGCCGGCUAUCAGUGGUGAAUGACUCGCUAUGCACUGAUGUAGCUGGACCAUCUCCUGACAGAGUGAGGGAGUGCAACCAGGAAGAAGUGUGUGCUUCAUGGCAUGUGGGGGAGUGGACCCCCUGCAGCAAACUGUGUGGGGUUGGCCGUCAGUACCGCAAGGUGAGGUGUCACCUGAUGAAAGACGGUGAGAUAGAGCUUCUGGAUGACAGCGCCUGUACUGAGGAGAAGCCAGACAAUGAGAAGCUCUGUGAAAAGAUCCCUUGCAGUGGUGUGGACUGGGUUACUUCAGACUGGAGUGGAUGUGGCAUCACUUGCGACCAAACUAAGGAGUCCCGAUCAGUCCUGUGUGCAAGCAAGAAGGGGGUUCUCGUUGAUGAGGAAUUCUGCUCAGCUUCACGCAAGCCAGAAGCCAUUCGCAAUUGCCCUGAUGCUGAAAUUGUGCCCUGUGAAUACAAGUGGUAUGCCUCAGAAUGGAGUGAGUGCUCUUCUGAGUGUGGGGUGGGUGUAAUGCUGCGUGAGGUCUUCUGUGGCUCAUGGGAUAAUGGGGUACUGCUGGUAGUUAAUGAAACCACCUGUGAUGCUGCGACUCGCUUCAGUGAGAGCAAGCCAUGCAACUCAACUGAUGCUUGCAAAGCCAACUGGUUUGUAGGACCAUGGACAAGGUGCAACAAAGAAUGUGGAGGUGGCAGAAAGACCCGCAAGUUAUUCUGCUUCUUUGGGGAUAAAUCAGGAAAACUGCAGUGUGACGUGAACACCAUACUGCAUUCCAUUGACACCUGCAACAAUCACCCUUGUGGAGAUGAUGAAGUACUUGAUUAUGGCAACCAGGUGGACCUAGAAAGUGAGGAUGAAAUCUGUGAAGAGGAGGAGGAUGUGAAGGAAAGUGCUGGAGAUAAAGGAACUGAUCCACCUGAGACUGUGACUGAGGAUGGAAAAGAUAAAGAAGAGGAAGAGGAGCAUGAGGAGAGUGAGAGUUCUAGUUCAUCCUCAGAAGAAUCCAGUGAAGAAAUUUCAUCAGAAGAGGAAGAAGAGCAAGAUAUAGAGGUUAUUUCUAGUGAAAUAACUAAGUUAGAGUUUCGAAAAAAACGGUCACACAAAGAGGUAACUCUUAGUGAUGAAGCUGAGGAAGGCUCCGGCUUUGGGGAGUCUGGGUAUGGCUUGGGAUCUGGACUGUCUGGCUGGUUCAGCUCUGGUCUGGGUUCUGGCUUUGGCUUUGGCUCUGGUGAUGAAACAGUUACUGAGGUGAAGGAAACUACUACUGUGCCCUCUAAGAAAGAUUCUAAAAAGUCAAAGAAGAAGAAGAAGUGCAAGCCAAAACCAAAAGAACCAAAGAACUGUGAGGAGACUGAAUUUGGGUGCUGUCAAGAUAAGAUGACUCCAGCAGAAGGACCCUUCCAGAAAGGUUGCUCUCGCAUUGAAACUUGCAAGGACACACAGUAUGGAUGCUGUCCUGAUGAUGUAACGCCUGCUGAGGGGCCAAAGAAUAAGGGUUGUGCCAGCGUGUCACUGUGUGACAACUCCCUGUAUGGCUGCUGCAAAGAUGGCAUCACAGAAGCAAGUGGACCAGAUGAGGAGGGCUGUGAGGAUCUGAUUGCUUAUGACUGCAUGAACACCGAGUUUGGGUGUUGCCCUGAUGGAAUGUCUCCUGCUUCUGGGAAGAACUAUAUGGGUUGUAUGGAAUUUGAGUGUGAGGGGUCAGGUCCAUGUGAUUCCUGCAAAGACACUGUGUUUGGCUGCUGUCCUGACGAUGUCUCACCUGCUCAAGGGAAGGACUUUGAGGGCUGUCCAGACCCUGAUGCAACAACAGAAGCACCCAUGGAGACAACCACAAUGACAGUCUUGACCACCUCUAUCUCCACCACCUCCACCACCACCACUACUGAGCUUCCUCCAGAGUGCCUCAAAUCCUCCUAUGGCUGCUGCCCUGACAAUUACACAGCUGCUCAUGGUCCCAAUAAGGAGGGAUGCUGCCUGUCCUCACCUUUUGGCUGCUGUCCCGACCAUAUCACCGAGGCACAUGGACCCAACUUGCAGGGUUGUGGUUGUCAAUUCAGUGCAUUUGGCUGUUGUCCUGAUGAGGUAACAGUGGCCAGGGGCCCCAACAAUGCUGGGUGUGGGUGUCAGUACACACAGUUUGGCUGCUGCCCAGACAACCAUACUCCAGCAGCUGGAGAGGAAUACAGUGGCUGUCCCUGCAAUACUUAUCCCUAUGGCUGCUGCCCAGAUGGCAUCAGUAUAGCCAAGGGACCUGGCACACAAGGAUGUGGAUGUGAGUAUGAAACCUAUGGAUGCUGCAAGGAUGGCCGCACACCUGCCAGGGGGCCAGAACAGGAGGGAUGUGGGUGCGAGGCAUCAGAGUUUGGCUGCUGUCCUGAUGGUAUUACUCCCGCCACUGGGAAAUUCUUUGAUGGGUGCAGGGAGGAGAUGCCCGUCAUCUCAGGAGAAGUUUGUGGCCACAGUAAGGAUCGAGGCUCAUGCAGCAACUUCACAGUCAAGUGGUUCUUUGACAUGGAGUACGGUGGUUGCACACGCUUCUGGUAUGGUGGCUGUGAAGGCAACCUCAACAAGUUUGACACACAGGAACAAUGUAAAGCUGCUUGUGUUGAGCCAGAAGGAAUGGAAUCUUGUUACCUGCCACGGGUCACGGGUCCAUGCACUGGGUCUGUACCUUCCUGGUACCAUGACGCACAGACAGGCACCUGCAAAUCCUUCAUCUAUGGAGGAUGUCUUGGCAACAACAACCGCUACACUUCCAAAGAGGAGUGUGAAGAGAAAUGUGUUAUUCCAGAGAAAACAGAUGCUUGCCUGCUGGAUGUGAUGCCCGGCCCCUGUCGAGGGAACUACUCGCGAUGGUUCUAUGAUGAGAAAGCAGGCAGCUGCAAACAGUUCUUGUAUGGUGGUUGCAAAGGGAAUGACAACAACUUCCUCUCUGAGAGAGAGUGCAUGCAGAGGUGCAUCAGAGGCCGGUCCAAAGACCUGUGCACGCUGCCCAAAGCUUCUGGCCUGUGUGAUGAGACUCUCCCUCGCUGGUACUAUGAUUACUCAGAAGCCAGGUGCAUGCCCUUCUAUUACACAGGUUGUGAUGGUAAUGCUAACAGGUAUAUCACAAGAGAAGAGUGUGAGUCAACCUGUCCCGGAGACAAACCAGACUUUGAUGAAGAAGUGUGCUACCUGGCCAGCAGCACCGGCAGCUGUGAUGAGUAUGAGGAGCGGUGGUUCUUUGAUGCCACUGUGGGUCAGUGCAAGUCGUUUGUAUAUAGUGGCUGUGACGGCAAUGGCAAUAACUUUGAUUCUUAUGAAGACUGUGAGAACUCUUGUGGAAACCUGAAGAAGAUCCCUGUGGAAGAAGAUUUUGAUACAGAAUUUUGUUUCCUGGAGAAGAAUGAAGGUCGCUGUGAGGACUACAGGGUCUACUGGUACUACAACAGCGAGACGGGUGUGUGCAGGCAGUUCAUGUAUGGAGGCUGUGAAGGAAACGAAAACCGCUUUGAGUCUAGGGAUGAGUGUGAAAACAAGUGUGGUAAUGCACAAGAUGUGUGCACACUUCCUCGGGUUGUAGGCCCAUGUAGUGGCAGCUUUAAACAGUAUUACUAUGACAGCUCUACCAACCAAUGCUUUGAUUUUGAUUAUGGAGGCUGUGAAGGAAAUGCUAACAGGUUUGAUAAUAUCCAACACUGCGAGCAGCGAUGCCAGACCAUCACCACUCCAGAUGACACCAUCAUAGAGGCAGCAGAAAGUGAAAUGCCAGAAAUCUGCAGACUGCCAGUUGAAAUUGGUCACUGUAGAGCAGCCUUACCCAACUGGUACUAUGAUGUGAACACCAAGAGCUGUAUUGCUUUCUCUUAUGGUGGCUGUGCUGGCAAUGCCAACAGAUUCCAGAGUGUGGAGCUCUGUGAGCGGCAGUGUGGCAAAUACCGCAACCAAGAUAUAUGCAACCUACCAGCAAAUCCUGGUCCAUGCAAUGAGGCAGUCCCCAAGUGGUACUACGAUGCCUCUGUGCGACGCUGCAGGGGCUUUGCUUAUGGUGGCUGUGAGGGAAAUGGAAACAGAUUCUCAACAGAGCAGGAGUGUGAGGCAGAAUGUAUUUAUCAUGACACCAUCCUGCCAAGAAAUAGUACUUCAGAGUCUAAAACCAUGAUCUGUGAAUUAGAUGAAGAUGCUGGACCCUGUGCUGAGGGUUACAAACGCUGGCACUUCAGCAAAACGCAUGGCUCUUGUGUUAUGUUUCUAUAUGGUGGAUGUGGAGGAAACCAAAACCGCUUUAAGACAUUUAAUGCAUGCAACGAGUUCUGUGCUUCUGCCAUCGAAAAGUAUAGAAAAACCGAGACAAGCACAGUACCUGAAGUUGGGCCCACAGUCUCGGGACCAUCUGACUACACUCGGCCUGACAAGGACAGGUGCAAGGAUUCCCGGUUAUCCUGUCAUCUCCUAUCGUGCCCAUAUGGGGUGGAGAAGAGGGUGGAUCCUGAUGGCUGUGAGAAGUGUUCGUGUUACGACCCGUGCUACCAAGUGCAGUGCCAUGAAGGAACCGAGUGCUCAGUUGACCUAGUUGUUGCAGAGGAUGGCUCUGGUGAAAACACCUAUAGAGCUGUUUGCAGGGAAACAAAUAAGGCUGGCAAGUGUCCCGAAACCAAUGGUUAUAGUUACCAGUGUGACAACGAGUGCCAGAACGAUGCCGGCUGUGGUGGUGCGCUGAAGUGUUGCUACAAUGGUUGUGGUUACUCGUGUGCAAGUCCUGUUGAGGAUUACUAUGAGCCAGAAAUCACAACAACUGCUCUGGAGUAUGGUGAGAGACCUCACAUUAUAAGCUUUGAUAAUGCUGUCACAGUAGAGGAGAAUGAUGUGGUGACAAUAACAUGUGUUGCCAAGGGUGACCCCUCUCCUACCGUCACUUGGUACCGAGGCUCAUACGCGAUCAACACUGACAACCCAUCAAGCAGGUUCAGGAUUGUGGAAGGAGGUUCCCUGCAGGUGGUGAAUGUGGAGCGCAGUGACACUGGGAAGUACACCUGUGAGGCGAACAAUGGAGUUGGUGCACCCGACCGCCGCACUGCACAGCUCACAGUGACUGAUCCCAAUCCUCGUGGGGCAGUUGUUGUGCCCUGGAACCCCACAACCCCACUGGCUACCCUUGGCAACAAGAUGACACUGUUCUGCCGGGCCGUGGGUUGGCCGAGGCCCUCGGUAACCUGGUGGCGUGGGAGAGACAUGCUUCCAGUUACUUCAAGAGCAUAUGAGCAGUUUAGAGAUGGCUCCUUGACAAUCCGUGUUGUCAACCUAAGAAGUCUUGGGCCAUACACGUGCCAGGUUUACAAUGGAUAUGGACCAGCCACCUCUCAGACCACAGUCCUGCAUGCUUUAGGGCCAGUUCACAAGCCUCUCCCCAGUGAUAGGGACUUCCUUCAGUAUAUAGUUGACCCACCAAAGGCUCCUGCUACUUCACCUUCUGUAAUUCCUGCCAUGACUACUAUCUUCCCUGCUGUUCCUCCUGGUCAGCGGCCUUACUGGCCUGAUUAUAUUUUACCUUCACCAAAAACCACAGAAGCUACCACCACUCGGAUAGUUAUAGAGCCCGUGCGCGCCAUUGUCCGCCUCAACAACACCGAGUUCCAGCCACAGUCUACCAUCACCAUCCCCUGUGAGGUGCGUGGGGUCCCUGAGCCAACAGUGACGUGGUUCAAAGGAGACAACCAAAUAGAAUCUUCAGGAAGAUUUGCCAUUGAAGAAGACAACACUCUAGUCAUCAGUAAUGCAGAAGUAGGAGACUCGGGACAGUACAAGUGUCAUGUCCAAAAUGACUAUGGCACAGCAAACAGCAUCACUGUCAUUUCCAUCAAAGGAAUCUAUGUACACCCAACUUGUACGGACAACCCUUACUUCGCCAACUGCAAGCUUAUUGUGCGUGCCAAGUAUUGCACCAACAGGUACUAUGCAAGAUUCUGUUGUCGCUCUUGCACUAUGGAUGGACAGCUCCCUUCUCAGGGAUCUCAUCUCACACACAGUAAGAAGAGGAAAUAAAAUGGGGAUAGGAAUCAGGUUAAAAGUGAUAUAUUAAUUGCUUUAUCUUAAAAUUGAUAAAUCCAGCACAGUUAGCCACCAUUGUUAUUGGAAAUGGUGUGUAAAUGCAAAGCACUUCUGUAAACAUGACAAGCACAGUGCUUGAAUACAUAAUACACCAUAUAUAAUGGCUAAACUGUUUCAUGGAACAAGUUCAUUUUGCACCAUUUGUACUCAGAAAAAGCUUUAUGAUAUUCCUGCAAUUAUGUUGAGGAGUCAGAAGAACAUUGUCAUGUAAACACUAAUAAAAAUCUAAAGCUAAAGAAAAAAAAAAGUCGGUUGAUCAGCAAAUUAAUGUAUUGAGACACUUCCUCCUCCAUUGUGUCUGGAUUGUUCACAAGUGUAUUUGUAGACACUUUCUUCACUGGCCAGUUUUGAGCUGGUGUAUGCAGCCAGUAUUUAAUAUUUAUUGAUCAUUUCACAAUCAAUCAUGAAUUUGUAGAAUGCUUAUACAAUCCAUGCUUUCAUGAAGCACAUGAAAAGUUGUUGAGGAUGCUUUCAUGAAGCACAUGAAAAGUUGUUGAGGAUUCUGGUGAAAGUAUGUAGGGCAGUGUGGCUCGCCCUCAUGUAUAUAAUAUAUAGAUAGCUUAUUGUCAUGGGAGGAAGGAACUGAGGCAGCCAUUUCACUCUCAUUUGUUAUGCAAGAUAAAUUUGAUUCAUUACAAUCAGUAACCAAUUUGACUGUUUAGGGUGACACUGUCUUUGGAAAAUAAAGUAUUUUGUUUAGGGUGACUGUCUUUGGAAAAUAAAGUAUAUUUUACAUAUUUAAUAGAAUUACUGUAUGAAAUAAACCUGACCUCGUGUAUUGUAAUGUGUUAGUUUGGUAUGGAGUUGCCAGUUGUGGCUAUAAACAAAGAUAUUUACAAUGUAAACACGUAUUGUCCCUUGCAGACUGAAUUACAUCAUGGGGAUAUUACAUUAGAUGUGAUAUCAAGCUGCCUCUAGAUUAGUAAUACUCAUCUAUCUUGCAUUGUGACCACCAGGAAGUGGAAUUUUGUUCACUUGCUUGGUCAUUCUACAAAAAACGGUAAAAACUAAAAAUCAUACCAUAUCAUAUUGCCCAGCUAUGGGCACGGUUAUAGGUAACAGGACAUAUGUAUAUUAUCACUCCCAUCAAAAUUUUAGGGCCUUUCAAUUCAAUACUCACUCAUGAACUAAGUUAAAUUUGAAAAAUUCAGUUUGUGAAAUUUGUCUUUUUUGCUGCAGAUCAGAUAACUUUCUGUGCAAGAAAUAUUUACUCCUGGGUGUUCUCGUUCUUAUAUAAGCUUAAGGUUGUGAAGAUACUGAAAACAAUGGGAUAAAAAUAUGAACUGAAGGGUGCAAAAUUCAUCUAAUACAGAUUUAUAUUAUGUGAAAAGUAUUUUCUUUAGACAGAGUGAGCAUUCACUUUAAAAUUAAAUAAUGCCAUAAUGAAAUACAAUUGUGUGAGAGAAAAGUGCCUUUCUCUUGAGACAUUAGUGAGUAUUUACUUUUACAUGAAAUAACACCUUAGUCAUAAGUGUAUUAGAUAACUUUGAUGCUUUGUAUCUGGUGAAUGACUGCCUCUGCCUCAGGCUCAGAGACACUUAAGAUAAUUUGGAGAGAAAGGAUUCUCCUACACACUGCAUGUCACUGCCACAACAUUUGCCCAUCUGUCUGUUGGUCAGCCAGUCCAGGACCUUCAGUGGUGCUCAGAUAGUUUGCCAGAUAGAUUUACAUUAAUUGCUUGUUAUGCAAUCUCCAAAUGUGCAGUGGUGUACUUUACGCACAUUCAUCAAUGACAACAGCUGCAACUAUGGCUGCAUUUGGUGGUUACAUGACAAGUAUAUCCCAAUUUUUGUUAAGAUAAUGCUAGAAAUAAAUAGGAUCUUGUGCCAAGAUGUUAUAAAUUAACAAUAAGAUGUUUAUUUCUGUUUGUAAAUAUGUGAAAGAUAAUAGUGUUGAA